UUUUGUGAGACCUGAGGCUCUGAGUCUUUUUCCCCCAAAUCUCUCACAUUAUUUUCUCUCUCUAAGAUUGACCCACCAAUACAAUUUCUACCCUUUUCUCUCUCUACUUCACCUUCCAUUCUGUCUCUCACCACUCUUCCUCCUUCUUGGGGGGGUUAAUGUUGAGUGAAAUCGAGAUAGUCAUUAUUGAUGGUUGUUCAGAUGGAAAAGACACCUAAUUCAGCAUCAAAGGAACGUGCUCUGCAGUUAUAUAACAAGAACAUUGAGUUGGAAAAGAAGCGGCAGAAGUCUCUCCAGGCUAAGAUUCCAUCUGAUCCUAAUGCUUGGUAUCAGAUAAGAGAGAACUAUGAGGCAAUAAUUCUUGAAGAUCAUGCCUUUUCUGAACAGCAUAAUAUUGAAUUUUCCCUAUGGCAACUUCAUUACAAGCGAAUUGAGGAAUUCAGAGGACACUUCAGUGCUGCUCAAGCUUCUGUGCGAUCAUCUGCAACUAACAGCGGGAGAGCUCCUCAAGUACAAGACAGAAUAACAAAAAUCCGUGUUCAGUUUAAGGCCUUCCUAUCUGAGGCUACUGGCUUCUAUCAUGACUUGAUUCUUAAAAUUAGAGCGAAGUAUGGUCUCCCUUUAGGGCAUUUUACUGAAGAUUCAGACAGUGAUACUGUUAUGGGAACUGACACUGCUAAGUCAUCUGAUGUGAAGAAGGCACUAGUUUCUUGUCAUCGUAGUCUCAUUUAUCUAGGUGAUCUUGCACGUUACAAAGGUGUGUAUGGGGAGGGUGAAUCUAGAGUUCGUGAGUUUUCUGCAGCGUCAAGUUACUAUCUGCAAGCUGCGUCUCUUUGGCCAUCCAACGGCAAUCCACAUCAUCAGCUUGCAAUAUUGUCUACAUACUCAAGUGAUGAACUGGUGGCUGUUUACCGUUAUUUUAGAAGUUUGGCUGCUGAGAUCCCCUUUCCAACUGCAAAAGACAAUUUGGUUAUUGCAUUUGAAAAGAAUCGUCAAAACUAUAAUCAGCUGAUUGAGACAACAAAGACCAAUGGGGACAGAGAAGUUAGUGUCAAGGAGAAAUAUAAGGAAUUCUGUACCCAGUUUGUCCGGCUUCAUGGCAUUUUAUUCACUCGUACUAGCAUGGAGACAUUUGCUGCUGUUCUUUCUUCAGUAAGAGGAGUAUUUCAUGAGCUUCUUUCUUCUGGAGCAGAGGAAGAGUUGAAUUUUGGCAAAGAUGGUAUGGAGAAUGGGCUUGCCAUUUUGAGACUUGUGGCUAUCCUCAUAUUCACAGUUUAUAAUGUGAGUAAGAAGAAUGAAGGUCACUCUUAUGCUGAAAUCUUACAGCACAAUCUUCUAUGUGAUAAUGCUCGUAACGUUACUUUUGAACUUAUGAGUCUUAUCGUCGAGAGAUCUGUGCAACUUCAUGAUUCUUCAUCUAGUUUCCUUCUACCUAGCAUUCUGGUAUUUCUCGAGUGGUUAGCGUGUUAUCCAGAAUUCGCAGCUUGCACCACUAAUGAGAAAAAACCAACUGCUGCUAGAUCGUCAUUCUGGAAGCAUUGCAUAGCUUUGCUUAAUAAGCUUCUAUCCAGUCGUCUGGUUGCAGCUGAUGAUGAUGGGGAUGAAACUUGUUUUACUAACAUGACCAGGUAUGAUGAAGGGGAGACUGAAAGUCGACUUGCUUUGUCAGAGGAUUUUGAGUUGAGGGGGUUUUUGCCCAUUCUUCCUGCACAUAGUAUUCUAGAUUUUUCAAGAAAGCGGUUAAUCAGUGUUGGUGGUAGUAGUAAGGAAAAACGAACUCGAGUAAAGAGAAUCAUUGCUGCAGGCAGAGCCUUGGUUAGUGUAGCAAUGGUUGAUCACAAGUCUGUGUCCUAUGAUUCAAAGGUGAAACAAUUUGUCAUUGGAGUUCAACUGCAAGUAUCUGACAAUAGCAUGCCGAGUUCCUAUAUGGGGUUAACUGAAUCACCUUCAACUGAGCAAGUGGUUACAAUGUCAUCUGUUAAUUCUAUGACAAUGAAAGAGAAUAUUCAGCAAUUAGGCGAAGGAGAUGACGAUGAUGAAGAAAUUGUUUUUAAGCCAGCACUUGUUGAGAAGCAGAUGGAUGCCACUGGACCAACUUGGAUCUUUAAUGAGGAAUUAAAGCAGGGAAGGAGUACCCCACCUGUAUCCAGCGUGCACUAUCAACAGGCUACGUCAGAACGUAUUCCGCCAUCUGGCAAUGUUGCUGCACAAAUUUAUCCCGUGAGGGAUAUGCAUGAUUCACGAUGGCUCGUUGAACAGCAAGCUUCACUUGCAGAUGGCAUAAACAGAUUGAAGUUCAUGGAAAAUGGCCAUGUAUCGAAUUCUGAAUUGAAAGGAAGUUUGGGUAUCCUGGGUGCUGGUUCACAUUUGCCUCCCCAACCAUCUGCUAGUUUUAUGGAUACUGCUAUCUACUCAGAUUACAGAAGAGCUCCAGAAGUUAUGCACUCAUCCAAGAUGGAUUAUUCUGCAUUUCCUGAAGUGUCUACUGAUAAUAUGUCUGUAAAGCCGCCAUCUUUCUCUUCAGCAGCAUUUAAAAGUCAAGUGGGCCGUCCUGUUAGGCAUCUUGGGCCUCCACCUGGUUUUAGUCCUGUUCCAGCGAAACAUGUUAGUAUGCCUAUGUCUGGUGUGCCUGGGAGUAAUGGGUCUUUAGUAGUUGACGAUUAUAGCUGGUUGGAUGGUUAUCACAUGCCGCCCUCAGUAAGUAAUAUAGAGCCCAAUCAUGCUAGUAAUAAUGUUUUACAUGCCAACUCCCAGUUCUUAACUACUAUGAAUAGCUCAAAUGGAAAUACUGGCUUGCCAUUUCCUGGAAUGCAAGCUCCUGCUGGUCAGUUUCAAGGGGGGAACCCGAAAAACUAUCCAGAUUACCAGCCUUUCCGAAAUCUAAAUCACAACCAUGAGCAAAAGUUGCUUGAACAACAGCAUGUUAUGACUGGGAAUCACCAGUUCACUCCUCAGCCAGAGCAGUACCAAGGACAAUCCCCCUGGACUGGUCAGUAUCAUGUGUGAGAUCACUUUGGUGGUGUUUUGCGAUGUGGAUGGCCCGGAGAUUGAAUAUGAUGAAUAUCCUGUCCUGCAUUACUUUGCCAAGUGCACACCCCAGCUAUGUACUGUUCUCACUGUUUUUUGGUGUACAAGGUGAUGGGUGGUGUAAGGUGUCCAGCGAGGACUAACUGCCAAACUUAUUCUGCCGCUUCCUCUUGUGGGAGGAGUGAUUAAAAUGGCUUGUUGCAAACUAAAUUAUUUUUGUCGCCAUCUUUUCCCCUUUUGACCAUGAUAUAUCCCGGUUGAUUUGGUCACUCGAUGGAUGAUAAAUUACAUAGAAAACUGCUGUGUUUGGUCAAGCAGACAGUUGUCCAGUGUUGAUGCUUGUCAUAGUUUUCUCGUCAGUUGGCUGCUGUUACCGGAAGAUGGCUGGAACUAGUGUUCUCUUCCUGGAGUUUCUGAAACACUGAUGGUUGUGUUCUGGAGGCUUUUGUUGGGAGUUGUGAUGCAUAAUUGGAGGGUUUGUGAAGAAAACAUAUCACCUCUGAUCUUAGGGGUUGCUCAAAAUAAUCAUCAGGAAAACUGAUGAAGUUUCUUGCUUUUAUGUGUGUUUGUGUUAUUUGAAACUUAAGUAUGUUGUUUGAACCAAAAAACUUGUGUAUUUGAAUUCUGAAAACCUCCUGUUUGCUAAGCUAUAUCAAACUUUCUAUGAGAUAUGCAAUAAAACAGCUAUCUUUUGUUCUC